AUGGAGAAGUACAAUUUCAGGAAAAGUGGGGAGGAGAACCAUGAAAUUGCAGAAAGCAUCGCAUAUUCAGAGGAUGAUUAUAAGUUGCAUAUGGAACUGCCGUGGGAUGGAGCUUGGGAUGAAGAUGGAAGAAGGGAAAAGGAGGAGCAGAAAGAUGAGACUGAGGAAGGGCCCCUCUUUCCCAAAAUCCAGAUGAAGUUUCUCUUACUAAUCAGUCUUUAUCUGCUUAGAUCUGCCAGAGGAGCAUCAGGUCAGCCUGAUGAGCCUCCUGGCUCUAUGGGUCACCAAGCUUCAGUUCGACAAUUAUCAGGUGAGUACUUUUCACUUGCAAACCCUUCAGAUGGUGAGGCUUUAUAUGAGACUUCUUCAAGCGGGAACACUUUAAGUGAGCAUGCUUCAGGCGACCACACUUCGAUUGAACACUCUUCAAGUGAGCACGCUUCGGGUGAGCACGCUUUGGGUGAGCACGCUGCAGGUGAGCAUGCUACAGGUGAGCACGCUGCAGGUGAACGUGCUUCGGGUGAACAUGCUUCGGGUGAACAUGCUGCCAGUGAGCACGCUUCUGGUGAACAACCUUCAGGUGAACAACCUUCGGGUGAACAGCCUUCCAGUGAAAAGUCUUCAGGUGAACAGGCUUCAGCUGAACAGGCUACAGGUGAACAGACCUCAGGUGAAAAGCCAAUGGGUGAACAGCCUUCAGACAGUCCAACUUCCAGCACAUUUUCAGGCCCUGUUUUAAAUUGCCACACAUGCUCUUUUAUGAAUGAUCAAGGAAAAUGCCUUCGUGGAGAGGGAGUCUGCUCCACUCAGAACUCCCAGCAGUGCAUGUUAAAGAAGAUCUUUGAAGGUGGAAAACUCCAAUUCAUGGUUCAGGGGUGUGAGAAUAUGUGCCCAUCUAUGAACCUCUUCUCCCACGGAACCAGGAUGCAAAUUAUAUGCUGUCGGAAUGAGUCUUUCUGCAACAAGAUCUAG